AUGCAGCGCGCGCUGUCACAGAGCAGCCUGCACGACGCCACCCCCGGCUCGCCCCGCCUCACGCUGUCCGGAAACGCUCGCAGCUGCGGAAGAACACCGGAAAACGACCCUCUCUCCUUCUUCAACCCCUUACACCACACACACACAGUCUGGCGCACGCGCAGGCUCUGCGCCUGCGCACUCGUCAGUCUCCGCUUGCAAGCCUGGGAGGAGCCCGGGCUUCGGGCUAGUGCCCUGGCGGGGGUGUGGGGCCUGUCAGUUCCCGCGGUAACCCCUCUCGUGCGAGGCCCUCGGCGUCGGUCUCGUCCGCCUGCGCCACCCGCCACUCGAUCUCAACCGGCCAUCGGCGGAGGGGCAGGAGCGGUGCUCGGUAGACUGGGGCAGCGCCCGCCCGGAGGGAGGUGGGGACAGUGCUGUGGCCACCGGAGAGCCCAGCUGUCCGAACGGUCUGUCCGGCUUUGGGACCGUCAGGCCGUUUCCCCAGGCAGACCCAGUCCCCUUCCUUGGGCCUCCAGUAGGGUGAGCUGGGAGAGCCGCCCCGCCCCCGCCCCAUUCAUUCCCUGGACGCCCGCAGAGAGCUGGCAGUCAGAUACCCUGGAUCACUAUGGCGAUCGUGGAGAAUCAGUUCACAUGUGUUCUGUCUCAGAAGCAGCAGCUGGACAGGAACAUACUCUCCCCCUUGUGAACAUUAACAGAGGGAAGUGUAAACAUGUUUAACUAUGGGUCCAAAUUGAAGAAAGAUAUUUAAGUCAUUAUGGGGAGGUAGACAGUCCUCUCUUCACAGUUGUGCAAAGUCUCCAAGUAA